AUGCUGCGUCGCACACUCGCCCGCUGUAACAGGCCGAAAGGCCCGCCAGGGCUGCGGCCUGGGAAGGAGUACCGCCUUACCGUUCCGUAUCGCAGCGAGGUGACGAUGAUUCGCCAGGCCGGCUUUAAGAAGUUUAACAGCAAUAUCCGCGAGCUCUUCAAGAAGCCGCUGGAGCAGAACAACAUCAAGGCUGUGCCACGUGACCUGGGUGAGCUGCCCCGCAACUACGUUGUGAAGCUGCUCUUCUUUCACCAGCCAAUUCGCCUGCUUGACCUGUGGGAGCUGUGCAAGCAGCACAACGACGUCCCCCUCGACUCUGCGCGACACCUGCGCCUCGUGCUCAAAAUUGCGAAGCUGCAGAAGUGGGUGUACGCCGAGAAGAAUCAGACAGAUAACCUGUACUACUACUACGUGCACCAGAGCCGCACACAUGAGGUGCAGCAGAUGGUACGGCAGGACGAGGUUGUGAAGCGGGCGCGGGAAACCGAGGCAAAGGCGCAGGCGAUGCAAAAGGAAGAGGAACGUCAGACACGCCAGGCGCAGAGCCUCGAUGACCGCAUCAUCGCCCUGCAGAACACGUUAGUGAGCAACGUGGGUCACAUACGCGCCUUUGACCCCGCCUUUGUGGACGCCAAACCCUACGUCAUGGAGUCUGGGGCGGUGAACUGCGCGUGGCACUGGGAGGGGGCAGUCAAUGCGGCGGCACAGAGUGCGUCUUCUCACGCCGGAGAGAACUCGCAGCAGUGA